CUCUCCCUCUCCCUCUCUCUCCUCCCUCUCUCUCUCCCCUCUCUGGUAGUCACCGGCUCUGUGCGCGCUCAGAGGAAAAGGAGGAAGCGGAGCGAGAGGAGCGCCGGCAGCUCGUCACUCAACUGAGGUACAAGAUUACAACAACAACCCCCCGAAGAAAACUACGGAACGCGACCUUCCGGCGGACCGACCCUCAGCCCCCCUGAAGGCGCCGACAGCCCGCGGUGGUCAGGUGUCGAGAGCACGCGCGCACGAGAGAGAGAGAGAGACCGCUGCACGGACGCACGGACGCACGCACAGCCGGAGAAUGGCAGACUCGGUGGCAGCGGACACGGCGGCGGCCAGCAGCGACGGGGAGGACGGGCCGCUGGAGCCCAUGCGGGGCUUCGCACGCCAGGGAGCCCUCCGCCAGAAGAACGUGCACGAGGUGAAGGACCACAAAUUCAUCGCGCGCUUCUUCAAGCAGCCCACGUUCUGCAGCCACUGCACCGACUUCAUCUGGGGUUUUGGCAAGCAGGGAUUCCAGUGUCAAGUGUGUUGCUUCGUGGUCCACAAGCGGUGCCAUGAGUUCGUCACUUUCUCCUGUCCCGGUGCCGAUAAAGGACCUGCAUCCGAUGACCCGAGGGCGAAGCACAAGUUUAAGAUCCACACCUACUCCAGCCCGACCUUCUGCGACCACUGUGGCUCCCUGCUCUACGGCCUCCUACACCAGGGCAUGAGAUGUGACCACUGUAUGAUGAACAUCCACAAGCGCUGCGUGGCCAACGUGCCGAGCCUGUGCGGGACGGACCACACUGAGAGGAGGGGUCGCCUCCAGAUCACCGCUGAGAUCAAGACCAACGUGCUCACCGUGACCAUCAAAGAGGGCAGGAAUCUGGUUCCUAUGGACCCCAACGGUCUGUCGGACCCUUACGUGAAGCUCAAACUGAUCCCAGAUCCCCGCAGCGAGAGUAAACAGAAGACCAAGACCAUCAAGUGCUGCCUCAACCCCACCUGGAAUGAGACCUUCAAAUUCCACCUGAAGGAGUACGAUAAGGACCGCCGUCUGUCGGUGGAGAUCUGGGACUGGGACCUGACCAGCCGCAACGACUUCAUGGGGUCGCUGUCCUUCGGCAUCUCGGAGCUCCACAAACAGGGAGUGGAUGGAUGGUUCAAGCUGCUCUCCCAGGAAGAAGGCGAGUACUUCAACGUUCCCGUUGCUCCGGAGGGGGAGGAGGGCAACGAGGAGCUCCGGCAGAAAUUUGAGAGAGCCAAGAUCGGACCGGGCAAGAACACAGAAGGCAAGGCGGCCAACGCCGCGUCCAGGUUCGACUCCAAUGGCAACCAGGAUCGCAUGAAGCUGGCCGACUUCAACUUCCUGAUGGUGCUCGGCAAAGGCAGCUUCGGCAAGGUGAUGCUGGCGGAGCGUAAAACGACGGAGGAGCUGUACGCCAUAAAGAUCCUGAAGAAGGACGUCGUGAUCCAGGACGACGACGUGGAAUGCACCAUGGUGGAGAAGAGGGUGCUGGCGUUGGCUGGAAAGCCCCCGUUCUUGACACAGCUGCACUCCACUUUCCAGAGCAUGGACCGCUUGUAUUUCGUCAUGGAGUACAUAAACGGAGGAGAUCUCAUGUAUCAGAUCCAGCAGGUCGGCAAGUUCAAAGAGCCCCACGCUGUAUUCUAUGCAGCGGAGAUCGCCAUUGGUCUGUUCUUCCUCCAUCUAAAGGGCAUCAUCUACAGAGACCUGAAGCUGGACAAUGUGAUGCUGGACUGCGAGGGCCACAUCAAGAUAGCAGAUUUUGGCAUGUGUAAAGAAAAUAUGAUCGACGGAGUCACCACCAAGACCUUCUGCGGAACACCGGACUACAUAGCUCCUGAGAUCAUAGCCUACCAACCUUAUGGGAGAUCUGUGGACUGGUGGGCCUUUGGAGUAUUGCUCUAUGAGAUGCUGGCUGGACAGCCUCCAUUUGACGGUGAAGAUGAGGAUGAGUUAUUUCAGUCCAUUAUGGAGCAUCACGUCUCCUAUCCCAAGUCAAUGUCCAAGGAGGCAGUCGCUAUCUGUAAAGGGCUGAUGACAAAGCAUCCAGCGAAACGGCUCGGCUGCGCUCCGGAGGGCGAGAGAGACAUCAGGGAGCACAGCUUCUUCCGCUACAUGGACUGGGAGAAACUGGAGAACAAGGAGGUGCAGCCGCCAUUCAAACCAAGAGCAUGUGGACGGGAUGCCGAGAACUUUGACCGUUUUUUCACACGCCACCCACCGGUGCUGACGCCUCCCGACGAGGAAGUGAUUCAGAACCUGGACCAGGACGAGUUCCAGGGCUUCUCCUUUAUCAACCCCGAGUUCCCAGGAGCUGAUGCUGCCACCCCUGCCGCCGAGCAGGCUUGAUUUCAGCUUAUGCACGUGCACGCGCACGCACGCACGCACACACACACACACACACACACACACACACACACACACACACAUUAACUACUUUAAAUAUCCUGUAAACGAUUCGUAAUGUUACAAGAACCAAGAAGCCAUGUCUUAAACUGACACACAGACACACAGUGUACACAACAACAACACACACAUUUGUUGUUCACACUGCUGCAACCCCCUCGGCUCCUUCUGAGGGUCCGUGUGCACGACACAGAGGCCCCGAAUGCACGUCGCCCUCUAGUGCCGCCCAGAAAUUGAUGCUUCUAGAAGAUCAUUUUGAUUUGAACACGUGGUCAGGAUGCGACGACUCGGCCAAACGUGAGCAGUCGAAUUUCCUCGAGCUUUGUUUUUGGGAAGAAGAAGCUUGAAAGUGUGAUUCACCGCGAGCUCGUUGAAUCGACUGGUGUUGCUCACAGUGUGAACACAUGUGUUUGUGUUUCGGUCGCCACACCUCAUCACAAAUAAAGAAGGGGGACCCUUGAAACCCAGAGUUAAACCUGGGGAACAAAGAUGUCAUAAUAAACGCAGUAGAUUUAAACUCCAGAUUAGUAGUCAAGUCAUGAGUCCACAUGAAAAAGCACAACAGCAGAUUUCACAUGUAACAUAGCUUCAGCAUUCCACUUUAUUACUUUUUUUCUUUUGGUGAAAAUUGUGUUCCUUUUUUUUUGUGUUUUUUUUUUUUUUUUUUUACUCCUUCCUCGAGUUCGGCCUGUACUUCUGGUGUGCUUUUUAUUAAUGUGCAGUAAUAACGGUGUCUGUACAUUGAUCCUUAUCUUAGCUACAACUGGAAUGCUUCACAUGCUUGUGCAUGAGUUUUCUAUAUCAAUAACAGCCCGGGACUAUGACUCCCAGCAGCAUUCUUAGCAUCUUAUCUCUGCACCCGUCUGCUGUCAUGCUUUUCAAAAGAUGUACGGAAGAUUUGUUUUUACAAAAGACCACAAAUAUCAGAUUUUCUUGGUGUUUUAUUUGCUGUUCAGCACCGGGGGAUCAUGGUGGUAAAAUGCUGUUGGGAAAUGUAGUCUUUAUGCAGGCUUAAAUAGAUACUACUACUACUUAUACUCUCAGUUUCUGUGAUCUAGUAUAUAAGCAAUGAAGGAGACUAGCAGUUUGUUUCACAAAAAGCAUGAUUCAGAUACCUGGGCAUUUGUUUACAGCGUGCACGUGUGUGAGACGUGUGUGUGUGUGUGUGUGGGAACGAGCACUGGGUACGACGAUGCACGUUUGCAUUUGUGUGUGUGUGUGUCGAUGCCUGCCUCCCCCGGCGCCUUGCGUUUACAUGUGUUUGUAUGGUGAACGUCUGCACCCCCCUCCGCACAAAGCAGUAUUGGUACGAUCCGCUUUACUUCCAAAACAGCGAACUCCGCAAGUGGCUGAGGAGAAGAAUAGAAAGAGAGACGUGUGAUAUUUAAAUUGAAACAUAAAAAAUAGAUAAAAGAUCAAAUGUGUGCUUACAUAACGACAAUUUUACAUACAUUUGUGUUUUGAAUCAUUGACGUUCGUACAGCUACAGCAACAACAAAAUAAGCUCUUCUUCUGAUCGAGAGCCUUCGGUUGCGUGGAAGGAUUUAAGGCUCAACUCUCUACGAUUGGUGUCUCUCGAGUAGCCAGGUUAAAGGUCGGGCCUUCUGUGUGUGUGUGUGUGUGUGUGUGUGUCCCUCUUGUUUUCCUUAGCUAGCAAUAUUCUUGUUGACAUGGAGGCAGAAUUGGUUCUGAAGCAGCGUUCAGAGGGCUCAGGAUAGGACUGUCGUUCAUUCACAUGCAAAAGGAUACGAGGUUAUGAAGCUAAAUAAAAAUCAAUAAAGAUGCAGCUAACUUUGUGUAGGGAAGUGGCUGAAGACAUUCGGAAAAUAUAUUUCAUUGCAUGGUGAAAAAACAAAAUGUAAUCUGCAAUUAGAAGAGAUUUUAUUUUGGCGGGGACACUGGAGAUGUGUGCUUCUGGAGAGUGGGCCAGAGGAUAACGGGGAAGAGGGAAGCUCAUCCAGGUCUCCUUAUAGUUGCCUCGUCACUGAUCUGAAUACUUUACACACACACACACGCACGCUGUAACGCAUGUGUGCAUUGUGCCUUUUGGUGCGUCAAGACCCUGUUCGGUGAAGUAAUUAGACUUUUUUCGAUCGGGUGGAUAGAUGAGACUUGAACGUCACUGUUUUAGGGGCGGUCUUAACUGACACCUGGAUGAAGCUGGUCCUGCUUGUUAUCUCCAGAGUUCAGCGCAGAAGGGCAGCUUUAGCGCGUUUUACAUUUCCUCUGAAAUUAUGAGUCUAAAAAGAAAAUGCAGCUGUUGUGUUUUUAUGACUUAACGACAUGCAGCUAAGUAUGUGCUCAUUAUCUGUGUCGUACAUCCAUUGUCGGUAUUUGUUACAGUCAGUGUCUCCUGUAUUAUAACAGCUACCAAUACUUAUACACAAACAUAAUAUAACUGUGUCAAAGGUUGAUAUUUACACAAUGUGGUCAGUAUUGUAAAGGACAAGAUAAGUAUUGCUGUUCUCUCCAUUCCUUCCUGUUGAAGGAGAAGGAAAAUGAACUCUGCAUGAAAAAAAAAUAUAUAUGCUUUUGUUUUACCUUUUUAUUAUAAGAUUUAUACACAUUUGACAUAUUAGGGUGAUUCAUGUGUCGUGUCUGCAUUGCUUCACUGGUGGGAUCCGAGCUACUGUUGUGUGUGUGUGUGCUUUAUGAGAAAAUAAUGCAUAUACAAAAAAAAAGAAAAAACGUCUCAAAAUGCUUUUCAUGUGCCAACAUUUUUUUGUUUGUUUUCCAGGAAAAACAGGCAUAUAAUAAAGGAUUUAAAGAUG